GAAGUAGCGGCAUCUCAACCAACGAAACAAAACUGCUGCAAGUUCAAACUAGAGCAAGCGCAAAGAGAGACGGCUGUGAAUAGUGAGCAGAGAAGGCUGUCAAGACAUUGUCAAUAUGGACGAUAUGGAGGACACCACAAUCUUCUCAACGCUAAAAUCUUUCAAGAGUUUGAUAUCGGGUCCAGAUCAGUCUUUGCUGGAGACUGAGCCAGCCUAUGGAAGAAGUGACCUUCAGAAGCUCUAUACUAAAAGGGUGGAGUUAGAGGAGGCUGCAGAGCGUGUCCGUUCUCACACUAGCCUGUUGCAGCUCACUCAAGAAAAACAACAGAUGGAGCUUAGUCACAAACGGGCACGUAUAGAGCUGGAGAAAGAGGCGCACAGCAGCUCCAGAGAUUUACAGAGGGAAAUUGACCGUAACAGGGAGUUACUGUUGAAGAUCAGACGUCUGGAAGAAAGAGAAGAGAAAGCAAAUCAAGCUCUUAAUGAACAAAUGGAAAACAACAAGGCUUUAAAGCGUAACCUUGAGGAACUCCACAAGAAAGCAAAUGAAAAAGACAGCAAACUUACUGAAGCAGACCAGAUGAUCAGUGAGUUGAAAGAUGAGACACGAAGGCUCAAUCAGAAGAUCCAGAUUCAGGAGUCCAAAUUCUCAACCCAGAACCUGGAGAUUCAGGCCCUGCAGGAACAACUGGAUGUACAGUGCAAGAAGUACCAGGAUGUCAGUCAGAGGUACCAGAAUCUGCAGUCAUCUCAUUCCAUCAGCACAGAGAGUGAACUCAAGAUGAAGGAGUUGGAGAGGCGUUUGGCUCUUCAGGAGCAAGACUCUGUGAUUGUGAAGAACAUGAAAUCUGAAAUGGUCAGGCUGCCUGAACUGGAGCGGGAAAUUAAACGUCUGCGGGAGGAAAACGCUUUCUUACGAGAGACAAAAGAGAACAACAGUCUGCUGAAAGAAGAGACUGAGGGGUUGAGGAAGAAGUUGGAGAGAGUGGAGAGAGUGAUGGAGGAGAAACUCAAAGCGGAGUUGGAGAAAGAGAAACUGGAGCAAGAGCUGCAGGCUUGGGAAAACAUUGGCCAGGCUGCAGGACUUAAUAUUAGAUACAACAGUAGAGAGAUGACAGGAAAGCACUGGGAGGACAAAGGGUAGCGGGAUCGGCAAAGGACCUCGAGACGGGAAUCAAACUCGGGUCGCCAUGAGCGCAGUUGCACUAUGUGUCGACGCACUAACCAUGAGGCUAUUGGC